CUGAUAGGCUUGGAUACUUAGCGAGAGACAGCGACCAAACCCUCCCUCCCCCUCUCUCUCUUCUCCUUUUUCACAAUCUCUCGUGUCUCACUCUGCUGUCGUAGAGACUGCAGGCUGCACACACUCAGUGAGUCCUUCUCUCUCUGUCCUGUUGUCUCACUCAGCGUUUCAGGCACAGAAACGGACUCUUCUGCACUGUUCUCUGCAUGACUGUCACAAAGAUGUCAUGGCGGCCGACCUACCGGAGCUCCAAGUUUCGAAACGUCUACGGCAAAGUGGCCAAUCGAGAGCACUGCUUCGAGGGCAUCCCGAUCACAAAGAACGUCCAUGACAACCACUUCUGCGCGGUCAACGCCAGGUUCCUCGCCAUAGUAACGGAGAGCGCGGGAGGAGGAUCCUUCGUUGUUAUCCCGGUCACUCAGUUUGGCCGUAUCGACCCUCACUAUCCAAAGGUCUGCGGUCACCAAGGAAACGUGCUGGACAUCAAAUGGAAUCCUUUCCAUGAAAACAUAAUCGCUUCUUGUUCAGAGGACUCUUCUGUGCGAAUAUGGGAGAUUCCUGAUGGUGGACUGAGGAGGAAUUUGACAGAGUCUGUAUUAGAACUGUAUGGCCACAGCAGGCGUGUGGGUCUCAUAGAGUGGCACCCAACCACUAGUGGGAUUCUCUUCAGUGCUGGCUAUGACUAUAAGGUAAUUCAAUCUUUUUUGCAGGGUGAUGGGAACAUCCGGUACUACGAGAUCACCCUGGAGAAACCCUACCUGCAGUAUCUCAUGGAGUUCAGGUCCCCUGCACCACAGAAAGGGCUCGGAGUGAUGCCGAAGCAUGGGCUGGAUGUAGGAGCGUGUGAAGUCUUCAGGUUUUAUAAGCUGGUCACUCUAAAGGGCCUGAUUGAGCCAAUCUCUAUGAUUGUGCCUAGAAGGUCAGAGACAUAUCAGGAGGACAUUUAUCCCAUGACUCCUGGGACAGAACCUGCUCUGUCUGCUGAUGAGUGGCUCAGUGGAAUCAACCGAGGUCCAGUGCUCAUGUCUUUAAAAGAGGGCUACAACAGAGCAAACAAACUGGUGUUCAAGGCCCCUGUGAAGGACAAGAAGGGUGGAGUGGUCAAUGGGAUUGACCUGCUAGAAAACGUGCCUCCCCGUACAGAGAAUGAGCUCUUGCGGAUGUUCUUCAGGCAGCAGGAGGAAUUGCGGCGACUGAAGGAUGAAGUUACGCAGAAGGACAUUAAGAUUCGACAGCUUGAGCUGGAGCUCAAUAACAUAAGGAACAGCCCAAACAUCAACAACAAUAACAACAGCAGCAGCAAUGGUAGCAGCAUUUGACACUGGAUCUGUGCUGUGUCUUUUGAUCUCCUAAAGUGACACACUAUAAGCCCUGAGCGCUGCUGAAACACACGGGCUUCCUUUUCCUAAAACCAAGACCUCAGGAGAGCAAGCGCUUGUCUUCAUAAAGCAGUGUUUCACUCUGACCUCCAGUGUUGACCCCACAGUUGCUGUGUGCUAAGUCGACUUUAUUGGAGUGAUGAUUCACUAACCCUGUGAAAACUGUCCCAUUACAUGAGCUUCAGUCACACUGUUGGUCCACCUGCAGUGGACUGAUUCUCUCUAUAUGGAUUGGUUUUGGUACAAGCUACUCAUUGCAUUAUCAUCUCAUUAUUGUAGACUUCACUAGAUUGAAUUAUUAGAAUUAUUUAUUUCAUUUUUUUUCUUUGUGCUACUUAGCCUUGUUCUAAAUAGCUUAAUAAUCUCCAUGUAGAGAAUAAACGUGUUUUAAUAAGGUCAAACAGACAUGCUUCACCCAUCAAGCUGUUAUCUCAUGUAAACACUAGGUCUAUUGCAUUAUUUUUAUAUGACCAACAGUGCUGUUUU